AUGUUGGCAGGUUGUUCAAGUCCUUCAUUGUUGUCACCGACCAGAAGACUAAGGAGUGAAGCAGUAGCAGCAACAUCAGCCUCAGUAUCUGUACAUUUCCCCAUGAACACACAGAGAUUGGACUUACCCUGCAGCAGCAGUAACUUCUCCCGCAAGGAAUCACCUUCCCUUGCACGAAGCAACAACAACAACAACAAACCUAUUGAGCGCAAGACCAGUGGAUGUUCUCUUAAGCAGACCAUAAAGCUUCCACCUUUGGCAACAACAAGAAGAAAUGCAGAAGACUUCUCUUGGAACAACGACAACAACAACAACAACAACAGGGGAUUGAAGAGAUUGGCUGAAGACAAGGAGGAAGAGUCAUGUCUGAGCAGAGUGAAGAGGCAAAGAGGUGAUGAUGAUGAUGAUGAGGAAAAGGUGAUAAUCUCUCAGCCUUUACCGAGUAAUCCACACUGGUUUAAUAUCACCGAGUUAGCUGGUUUAGGAGAUAAGGACACUGCGAGUAGCCGUCCUGCUUCAGGAUCAUCAACAAGCGCAUCAUCAGAGAGUCAUAUCUUGAGACACAGACUACAAGAACCCACAAACGGUUCAAGGAAUCCAUAUUCACACGGAGGCAGCACAGAGGGAAGAAGAACCAUUGAUACCAUCAACAACAACAAUCACAACAACGACUUGCAGAGAGACUUAGAGCUUGUAAACCUACUCACCGGAUGCUUAGAAGCGAUCAGAACAAGAAACAUAGCAGCCAUCAACCACUUCAUUGCAAGAACCGGUGACCUCGCUUCUCCAAGAGGCACAACACCAAUGACUCGUCUCAUAUCUUACUACACGGAAGCUCUAGCUCUAAGAGUGUCCCGCAUGUACCCUCACAUCUUCCACAUCACACCACCUCGCGACUUCGAGGACGAGACAGGAACAGCGUUGAGAUUCUUGAACCAAGCGACACCAAUCCCCAAAUUCAUCCACUACACAGCUAACUCGAUGUUACUAAGAGCAUUCGAAGGGAAAGAGAGAGUCCACAUCAUAGACUUCGACAUCAAGCAAGGCUUACAAUGGCCAAGCUUCCUCCAAACCCUAGCUUCAAGACCAAACCCUCCACGCCACGUGCGCAUCACAGGCGUAGGAGAGUCCAAACACGAGCUCAACGAGACGGGAGACCGUCUCCACGGCUUCGCGGAUGCGAUGAAUCUCCAGUUCGAGUUCCAUCCAGUUGUUGAUAGACUCGAGGACGUUAGGGUUUGGAUGCUUCACGUCAAGGAAGGUGAAGCAGUCGCUGUGAACUGCGUUUCGCAGAUGCACAAGACGCUUUACGAUGGAACAGCAGUUAGAGACUUUGUGGGUUUGGUCAGAAGCACAAACCCUGUAGCUGUCGUUAUUACCGAACAGGAGGCAGAACAUAACUCGGUGCAGCUCGAGACAAGAGUGUUUAACUCGUUAAAAUACUAUUCAGCGGUUUUUGACGUGAUGCACAAGCAUCUUGGGGUGGAUAGCUUGAUGAGGGUUAAGAUUGAGGAGGUUUUGUUUGGGAGGGAGAUCAGGAACAUUGUGGCGUGCGAAGGAAGUCAUCGGCAAGAGAGGCAUGUGGGUUUUGGGCAGUGGAGGAGGAUGUUGGAGCUGUUAGGGUUUCGGAGUCUUGGAGUUUCGGAGAGAGAGGUUCUGCAGAGUAAGAUGCUGCUAAGGAUGUAUGGAGAUGGGGAUGAGGAGUUCUUUAAUGUGGAGAGGAGCGAUGAAGAUGGAGGAGGAGUCACGUUAAGGUGGUUGGAUCAGCCGCUUUACACGGUCUCGGCUUGGAGUAUUGGAGGGAGUUCUUCGUUUUGAGAAACAAAAGUUUUAGUUUUAUAAAAUAUUUACACAUUUAGAGGGGUUUAGAGAGUUUACAGAAAUGGGAAAAGUGUUUCAUUAAGAGGAAAAUUGGUUUUAUUCUUUUAUUCUUUUAAGACUUAGAAGAAAUAUAUUGUAUUAGUUUGGAUCUUAUAUUCUUUU